AUGUUGACUGCCGCACCAGCGCUUACCAUACCCCUCAUUAUGAGUGAAAUAGAGGAACAUUCUCUUUCUUUCGAGCCACCGAGUACCUCUAUUAGCAACUUUUCCCUUACUGAUUUUGAACAACCUACUGAGCUUGCUAGCUCUAGUGUUGCCCCCUCACUCCCCAAUGACAGCACCGCUACUUCUCUUUUUGAAUCUGUCAUGCUUCUUCAUCCUAUGGUCACACCAGCAAAUGUAGGUAUCCAUAAACCUAAUCCCAA